AUGGAUCCGAUAAAGUAUAUAUUCGAAAAGCCUGUUGUUACUGGUAGAAUUGCCCGGUGGCAAAUGCUGCUAACCGAGUAUGAUAUACAGUACGUGACCCAGAAAGCAAUAAAAGGGAGUGUUCUGGCUGACUAUCUCGCUCACCUGCCUGUCGAAGGUUACCAACCAUUGAGGUUUGACUUUCCAGAUGAAUAUAUCAUGUUUAUCAGAGACUUUACUAUGCCAGGCUUCGAGGUAAGCCCUGAGGAAGGCCCUGAACCAGGAUCGAGAUGGACGCUCGUGUUUGACGAUGCUUCCAAUUCCCGAGGUCAUGGUAUAGGUGUUGUUAUCACCUCUCCAACUGGUUUCCACCUUCCAUUUACCGCUAGAUUAUGCUUUGACUGCACCAACAACAUGGCAGAAUAUGAAGCAUGUAUCUACGGUUUAGAGGAGGCAAUCGACUUGAGAAUCAAAAUACUUGAGGUAUUCGGUGAUUCAGCUCUGGGAAGAAAAUCAGUUAGUAGACGCUCUAGCCACGAUGGGAUCUAUGUUCAAAGUAAAAUGGAAGAAUGA